AUGUCCGACAAGCCUGUCAUGACGCACAAGCAAGGUCUGACGGCCGAACACGCCCGAAGCCCCAUGAUCAAAAUCAUCCUCGGCAGUGAAGAGCAAUACGGCGGUACAGAUACAGCCACGGAGCAGAACCAGUCCCAGAACCAGAGCCCGACUCCGACUCGGAACGAGGACUUACCAGUCAACGUAUUCUACGUGAACAGAUCCCUCCUCAUCGAGAAAUCAACCUACUUCGCCAUCCUCCUCGACAAUACCUCCCCGCAGCGUACGGUGGUCUACCUUCCCCAAACCCACUCCGACACCGAGAUCUUCACACUGUGGCUCAACUCCGUGUUCCGCGGCAGUCUGGCAGACAAUGCAGCUGAUUCCGUCAUCAGCCUUGACAAACCGGGCCGACUGGCGAAAUGUUUCGACUUUGCCGAUUUCGUCGGCUCAUAUCGAUUCAAGAACCAGAUCAUGGACGCGAUCCAAAUGCAGGGCACAGGGUUCUUGGAUCUGCGGUAUCUGCGUCAUAUGAAGACGUGGGGUCCCAGUACGGCACUUCUCAAGGAAUGUGUGCUUGAGUGUUUGGCUUACAAGAUCGCAAGUCGGGGGUGGGCGGAAGUUGAAGAGAUUGCUGAUGGUGGCGGUGACGGUGGUGAUGGUGGUGAUACCAAUCUGGAAUGGGUCAAUGGCCAUAACGACGUCCUGAUGCACCGUUUGACUGCGAGAGUUGAGGUGUUGGAGUCGUUCGAGAUGACUAUAGACGAGCAGGGUGUGAAGGGAGGGCUUGUGGAUCCAAGUCAGACCAGAGAUUGCAGAUGGCAUGAACAUACUGCCAAAGAUAAGGUCAUGUGUGACAGAUAUCGUGCCGAAGAACAUGUUUCUGGAACAGUGGUUCAGGGUGGAAGCUAUGGUGAUAGCCCGUGGUGA